AUGGACUCUACCCUGCAACCUCUACUCGGCGACCGUAUCUCGGGAGUUAUUCGCCGACGAGCUUUUUCCCAGUCUGAGGACGAGCCCCUGAUUGCUAGGUGGAGAAGAUCCGCUCGCGACUUUCUCACUUCUCGAUGGGGUCACUAUCUUGUCCUUCUACUAAUCACCAUUGACGUCUGCUGUGGCUUAUCAAAUUUUCUGAUCCAGUUGUAUGUCUGCGAGUCAAAAGUAAAGCAUGGUGGCGUUGACGAGGGAUGGGGAGUCACCGAGGAGGUUCUUGGUAUCACUGGUUUUGUGAUCUCAUGUCUGUUCAUGCUGGAAUUAAUUGUGGCAGUUCUCAGCUCUGGAUUCGGCUACUUCUCGAAUUGGUUCCACAUCUUCGAUUCGCUGGUGAUUCUUGUUGCCUUCGUCAUCGAAGUCACACGCCGGGGACUGGAAGAGGAUCUGGGCUCUCUGGUUGUUGUUUUGCGUCUCUGGCGCGUUUUCCAGAUCAUUGAGGAGUUAAGGUCUGCAGGUGAAGAAACAUUUCAAAACUACGAGGAUGAAAUCGAAAGACUUCGACAAGAGAAUGCUAGUCUUAAGCAGAGACUGAACCUGGAUGUAGGAGGUAAUGAAGGUAUACCAUGA